CAAGUGAUACCUUUUUCUUCUAAAUGUGGUACUUCAAUGAAUCUGCAUGUAAAUACGCAUGCGCGAGAAAGUGUCCCGAUAGCAACACUGUGCGCAUACUUCAAUCUUCAAAUGUACGUACUUAAAAAAGAGUGUGGAGGUUAAGUUGAGUCGUUUACACGUGUGUAGCCGUCUAGUGGAAAAAUGGCUGGAAAAAGUUUAGCUGACACAAUAAAUACUUUAAUUACGACCAAACCGGACUUCGGUUCAGAUGAAGAAUCGGAGGAUACGAAGGCAAAAGUAGUAGAACCUUAUAAUGAGAGCGAUGCCUCGGACAAUGAAUUCCGGACGUCUAAAAUUCGCAAACAGAAUAUCGAUACCUUGGAUAAAGUGGAUAAAAGAUAUGCUGGUAAAAAGGUUUCGAGGAAAGAUAUAUACAGCGAAGAUGAAGACAAUGACAUGAGUGAAGAUGUUGAAAAUGAAGAGAUAGAUGAUACAUUGGAGCAAAGUGAUGAUUCAUAUAGCGAUGAUGAAAUAGAUUCAGAAUUGGAUCCUGCAGAUUCAAAACAAGGAUCAGAAGAUAUAUCUGAUUCAGAGGAACAAGAUGGUUAUGACGGGGACAUCAGUAAUCCAGUUUACAAACAAAAAGAGUUUACUAUUAAAACGAUGUCUGAGACAAAUGUUAAAGCUGAGAUAGAGAAAGGCAAUUGUGUUAAAAAUCAGCUGAAGUUGUGGGAAAAUUUUCUAGAAAUGCGAAUAAAGUUACAGAAAUGUAUUGUAAUUAGUAAUCAAAUGCCACAAUAUGACACACAUAAGGAACUCAGAUCAAAUAUAGAUUUUGUGAAGAAAGUUGAUGAAACUAAAAGCAAACUGACCUUGAUCAUUGAUAAUAUGAUACUAUUAAAAGAUCUGUUGUUGAAACAAUAUCCUGAAACAAAAUGUUUGUGUAUUGAUUCUAAGAUGAAAAAGAUUGACGAGAAUAAAAAUAAAAAUAUAAAUAUGGAUGAUUCAAUAGAUGAAGAAAUACCUUCUGAUACUGAAGAUGAAUUAGAAAAUGGAAAGAAUUCAUCCAGCAAUGAAGAUAUAGGAACAGUUGAAGAACCAGUGCCUCGGAAACGUUUGAAAUAUAACAACAUCCAGAAAGUUUUACAAGAAAAUCAUGAUUCCUACAAAGCGUAUAGGGACUCUGUUAUAAAAAAGUGGAACGACAAAACGCGAAUUGCCAUAAGCUCACUGAAGGGAUCUGGUCAAACUACUUUGAAACAAAUUGAAUUUGCUAUGAGCGAUAUGAACAAGCUACGAAAGAAAACUCAACUGAAACGUUCUGAGUACAAUAUUAUUGGCAAAUCUUCGUCGAGUGAAAACAAUGACGGCAAAAAAAUUCAAGAGAAUGAUCCAGAAAUUUAUGACGACGACGAUUUUUAUCAUCAGCUGUUGAGAGAUCUAAUAGAAUAUAAAUCAUCAGACGUAACAGAUCCCAUACAACUCAGUAAACAAUGGAUUCAGCUACAGAAUAUGCGUAGAAAAAUGAAGAGAAAAGUCGAUACUCGCGCGACGAAGGGUAGAAGAGUGCGAUACAAUAUUCACAAUAAAUUAGUUAAUUUCAUGGCACCCAUUACAGUAUACAACACGUGGACAGACAAUGCGAAAAACGAACUCUACAAUUCACUAUUCGGUAAAAUAAAACCGACGGAAGAGCAAAUAAAGCAGUAAUUGUAUACAAAGUAUAGCAUGUAAUUUUACUAUUAUUAAUUUUACUAUUAAAAUAAAUUACAAAUAUAUUAGAGUAAUAUCAGAGAAUAUAUUAGAAUUUAUAUAUCGUGUAUAUAUUGAUAAAUAAAUUUUAUUAUGUAUCUGUCUCCAUAAUUGUGAAUAAUUCAUCUUACCUUUUUAGCAAAUAUAAUAUAUCUGUUAUACAACUUUUCAAAAGGCUAUGUAUUAUAAACGUGAUAUAAUUUUAGAAUAAAAACAUUUCUUGCAUUUC